AUGUCAAACGCGAAGGCUGCAAAGAUUCUUGCGUGUGGAGCGGUGAACGGAAAUUUUUUGGAACUGGUCAAGAAAAUUGAUGCGAUUAAUAAAAAGAGUGGCCCAUUUGACGCAUUAUUUUGUGUUGGUGAAUUUUUUGGAGACAAUGACGAUGAGAAUGAGAAGGUUGUUAACGGUGUUAUCGAGUUUCCAGUGCCCACUUAUAUAUUAGGUGCCUCCGAAAAACGACUUACUUACCUUUAUCCUGAAGAAUCCAUUGAAUUCUCAUCGAAUUUGACAUAUCUCGGCCGAAAAGGAAUGUUGAGUACUGCUUCAGGCCUUCAAAUUGCAUAUUUGAGCGGUGUUGAAGGAUCGUCGAAGGAAGAUUAUCAGUUUGACAAAAGCGAUAUUGAGGAGCUUCUCAUUCCAUUAGGCACUCAAGCUGGAUUCUCUGGAGUUGACGUCCUUCUAACAUCGAUUUGGCCUGCUGAAGUCUGGCGUCAUUCGCAUAAUCAGCCUUCAAAACCACCGCCUGGUUCAAUAUUGAUUUCAAAACUUGCUGCCAACUUGAAACCACGUUAUCAUUUUGCUGGAAACAGUGUUCAUUACGAGAGACAACCUUACAGAAAUCAUCGAGUUCUGCUCGAACCGGCUCGACAUACGACACGAUUUAUUGGACUUGCCUCUGUGGGAAAUGCGGAGAAGCAGAAAUGGCUUUAUGCUUGCAAUGUCAAACCAAUGAGAAAAAUGGAGAAGGAGGAGUUGACGGCGCAGCCACCGAAUUGCUCGGAAUUCCCUUAUAGAGAAUUACUGGAAGAAGUUGCAGCGAAAGAAACUCUGAGCAGAAUGAACGGCGGUGAAGGGAAACGGCCUGAAGGAUCGCAAUACCGAUUUGAGAAUGUGGAUGUUGUCGAAUCUGAUACGAGGAAAAGAAAACAUAAUAACGACCGCGGAGGUCCUUCAAACAAGCAGCCAGUUGGUCCGUGCUGGUUCUGUCUAUCAAAUGUUGACGCUGAAAAACAUUUGGUUGUUAGUGUUGGAACUCAUUGCUACGCGGCAAUGCCAAAGGGCCCUCUAACUGAAGAUCAUAUUAUGGUCCUGUCAAUUGGUCAUAUUCAGUCACAAGUGAGCGCUCCUGUGGAGGUACGUGACGAGAUUGAAAAGUACAAAAAUGCUUUCACCCUAAUGGCUAACAAGUCCGGAAAAGCACUUGUAACAUUUGAGCGAAACUUUCGCACUCAACAUUUACAAGUUCAAAUGGUCCCAAUUGAUAAGUCGAGCACAAAAGCUCUUAAAGGCGCAUUUACGAAUGCUGCAGCGCUUGCUGGAUUUGAGCUUGUUUCGAUUUCGCAUGAAGAAAGUCUUCUCGAUCUUGUCAAUGAAGGAUGCCCAUAUUUUAUCGCCGAGCUGCCUGAUGGAUCGAAGUUGUUCACGCGAAACAUGAAGGGAUUCCCACUUCAAUUUGGACGCGAGGUUCUCGCCUCAACACCAAUUCUGGAUUGUGAGGAGAAGGUCGAUUGGAAGAACUGUGUGCUUUCCAAGGACAAAGAAAUUGAGCUGGUUGAGCGCUUCAAGAAACUGUUCAAACCAUUCGAUUUCACUGCGGAAGAUGAUUCCGACUAA